GAGCUUUUAUUUUUAAAUGACCGGAAGUUAUAUGUCAUUUGACUUGAAUGUGGUUGGUGUCUUCCCCACCUCCUCCAGCCCCCCCUCCUCCUUCAUGUGAGCAGCGUGUGUUGUUCGGAGGUGACGGAGACAGCUGGUCCUGCCCUGCUUCUGCUUCUUCGGAGAGGGAGCGGAGCCACCGUCCGUAGCGUCGGACACGGGCCGGAUGAUGGCGUCGCUUGGCGUGGGGCUGCAUCUCAGUCGCAAGCGGGGAGCCAGCAGGAGCGCUGCGGUGGAGAGGAGGAACCUGCUGACGGUGUGCAGAUUCUCAGUGAAGACUCUGCUUGACCGCUCUUGUUUUGAGACAAUAGAUGACACAUCUCCAGAGUUUGUUAACUUCGUUUCCAUCCUGGAGCAAAUCCUCAGCCAUCGACUCAAAGGUCAGACGACUUGGUUCGGCUAUGAGAGUCCUCGAAGUUUCUGGGAUUGCAUCAAAGUUGCCUGCAGUAAAGUCCCACAUAACUGCAUUCGGAGCAUCGAGAGCAUGGAGAACGUGCGGCCAUCGAGAGCCAAAGGCAGGGCAUGGAUCAGAGUGGUCCUGAUGGAGAAGAGAUUAUCAGAAUACAUCUCAUCUGCACUGAGAGACCUUAAAACGACCAGGAGGUUUUAUGAAGAUGGAGCGAUCAUGCUGGGAGAAGAGGCGGGGCUGUUAGCAGACACACUCAUCGGGCUCAACACCAUUGACUUCAGUUUCUGUCUAAAAGGAGAGGGUCUGGACGGCAGCUGCCCCGCCGUGAUCGACUACACGCCUUACUUGAAGUUCACUCAGAAUGCAGACAGCAUCAGCAGUGAUGAGGAGGAGAUGAGGACUCUGGGGAGCAGCGGCAGUGAGAGCAGCACCCCCGACAAAGCGGCAACUGCUGCCUCUAUUUUCACUGAGCAGAGCAACCUGGUCAGCAAGUGCAAACGCUUUGAGCAGAAGUAUCGCAUGGCGCUAGAGCAGAAGGGUUACCUGGAAGAGCUAGUCCGUCUGCGAGAAGCCCAGCUGUCAGAGGCCGUGUCUCAUAACAAAGCACUUCAGCAGAGCCUGGAAGACGCACAUCUCUCACACACACUGGAGAAAGAGCAGCUUGAAUAUAUCGUACUGGAGCUGCAGGACCAACUGACGGUAUUGAAGAACAAUGACUUACGGUCCAGACAGGAGCUGACAGCCCAUCUGACCAAUCAGUGGCCGUCUCCUGUUGCCUUGGAUGCUAACGCUGUUGCCUUGGAUACACUGCUGUACAGGAAGAGCAGGGGACAGUGGGAGGACAAGAGCUUCCAGAGUCUGGAGCAGCUGUCUGCAGACAUGAGCCUCUCUCAAACUUCCCUCGAGCCAUCGCACACUCUGAGUCUGGAGGCCCGACCGGCCAGCAGCACACACUGGCUCGACCAAGGUAAAGAAGAAACCCCCUCUCUAAGAGGUCUGUGUGGAUCCCUGACGUCAGUCACCAGCUACAAAUCUCUGACCAGCAUGAGGUCCAACGAGUGUUUGGCUAGCCCUGCGACAGAGAUCUGCAGCCCUGGCAUCACUCCUUCAUAGCUAAAAAAGAAUACAAAACAAAAAGAAUAAAACACACAACCACCAGGGCCAAACAAUCCUAGAACUUUCUAAGUGUAGGUGAUAUUGAUUUGCUGUGUGUAGUCAUUUGUUUUGUUGGUGGAGCCUAAAGCUUUAACAGAAGGAAGUCAGGACUGCUUGCAGAGAGUGUGGUGUUGCAUGUUUUUUUAGGACUGUGUUGACCUCCACACCAGCUCUAUGAAACCCAGUAAUGUCUUAUGAAUGUUUGUUUACUUUUUAGAGAGUUUCCAGCUCAAUCAACAUGCUUAAAUUAUUGUCCUUUUUUUUGUUGCCAUUCUUUUUAUCUGAAAAAAUCACGUUUUUGUUCUCAAUCUUUGUAACUGAUUGAAAUAACAGUAAGUUGGCAUUAGAGUUACCACACCACUUUACAGUAUUAAGACAGUGAUGAGUAAGCUUUCCCUCUUCACCCCCUCUGUGAGAAGAUUUGUGAGAGAUUUGAGCAUGCUGAAAAAAGCUUGUGAUCAAAGUUCAGGAGAAAACACAAAACUCUUUUGUCACUACAAGACAUUUCCAGCAGCUGAAAGGUCUUUUUUUGAGUGCUGCUGAGAUCACUGCCUCUAAAGUAUUUUCUAGAACAGAAAUUAAUUUAUGCUGACUGUAUUUCCACUUUUAUCAGAUGAUAUCUCACAUUUCUCACUGUUUUAAUUUAAUAAGUGUUAUGUUACCAGCAUUGGUCAUAAUGCAGUGUCACCGUUUUGUUCUGUUAACCAUCAUUAGGAUUAUUUUUAACCCCUUAAUUCUGGGGUUUAAUUUAAAGAUCAGCUUUAUCAGACAGACUUCUGCUGUUCUAGCCUUUAAAUAUUCAAAUGCAGUGUAUCAAUGGUUAGUUACAGCAAAUAGAUCACUCCUUGCACUCAGACCUAUGAUCUGAAGUGGGACUGUUUGAGGUUAUCUUGCAACACAUUGAUCUGUGAAGAGAAACAAGUGUAUUGGCAGAGUAUCAGUAUAAUGUGAUUUGCAUUAUUGGUGAAUGGCUGCGUACCUCAACACUGAGCUCAUGACUUUGCCUUUAGCUCGUUGAAGCAGUCAUUUGCACAGCCAUGCAGUAUUUCUUUCAUUGUAUGUAUUUGCUUUUAUAGGCUUCAUUUUGAAUAAACUCCACUUAUUUAAACAGUACAAAUUUAAUAGUGACAUUUGAGUUUCUCAUCAUCACUGAACAGGUGUGGAUGAAGCUUGUGUAAGCUAAUGGAAGACAACAAUUCUCAGAGAAGUCUGUACUUAUAUUAAAUCUUUGAGAUGACAUGUCUCAGUCUCAAGGGGUCAAACUCUCACAGCUUCAUACUGUUGUUGUGAUGGCAAAA